GGGAGAUCAAGAGGAGGUACGGUGACUGGCGAAUGAGCGGGGUAUGGAGGUAAAGAAAGGAGUAUGGACGGUUGCAAAUUGAGGAGCCCAGCGGUGUAUCCACAAGUCACCGCAGACGCCCAGGGCCUCGAGGAUCCACGCAGGCCCACAUAUACUUACAUCCACUACGAGACGAGCUGAUGCCUCAGGACCCUCCGCGAGAAUUACGUAGGACGCUCAUGCUAGGAGCGCUGGAUUUGCAACUUAACUUGCCAAAGACCGGCUUGACGAGCCAGGUACUACGUCAUACCAAUUUAUGGACCGAUCUUAAGUUGGGACACGACUUGGGGUCGCUUCCCAAGGUUGCUCCAAGCUACCCUGCAAUGUACUGUACCUCUACACCGGGUAUACGGCUGCGUUGGUGAUAACAUAACCGCUACGAUCCCAACGACUUUCUAUCGCCCGUCCUGCCUGAUAGAUCCUCAUGCCUCAAUUGUGACGUUUCUGAGGAGCCGGGUUAGGGUGCCAUAUUCAUGCGAAGCGCAGUGAGCUCGAC